UUUACUGCAGUAAAGUAUCUGAAUACUUCCUCCACCACUGCUGCAAUGGAGGGAAAGUAGUACCUCUAUCAGAAUGGAAAUAUUUAUAAAAAUAGAACUUGAGUAUAAUGCUUGAAUAAAAGGUACUAAAUUACAUCCUUCAUUCUGUCUCUACAGAGCAUUUGCAUAUUUUUAUGGAGCUGAAGUACAAAAUCCAGUUUCCAUGUACUUUUACUUAUACUGUAAUGGAGUAUUUGUACAUCGCUGUAUCGGUACUUUUACUGUACUAAAGGGUCUUCUGGAGCUUUCAGCAUGAGUUCAGAUUAUUUUGUAAGACUUUAUUUUGUAGAAUUAGGACUUUACUCUUUAAAUAUCACAAGUAUUCUUGAAAUCUCAGUUUGUUUUUCCGGUCUGACGUUUCCUUACGUUAUCGUUACGUCACCUAAACGAUGCGGAAGUGUAAGUCACCGUGGAGAACGUAAACUAAUGUGUGCAGCCGCCCAAAAAAACACCGAAAACAGGCGGAGAGGAAGAACCGGACAAAGAACCGGAGGACGAACCGGAGGAAGGACCGGACACGGCGGACCGAACACCUGCAGAUGCACUUUGACCGCUACCGGCAUGUAACGUAACUUAGCUAACCGUUACUGCCCUCUGUGGCCGUCGGUCCGCUCGUUACCGACAGCGUUACCGUCCAUUGGACCGACGGGCUGAGUCAGAGUCCAUGUCGGUUCCCCUGCUGUGUUGCACGGGUCGCUAGAGAGCUGCGAGCCCGCUACAUCCCGUCCUGUCGGAGGUUGAAGAGAUGAUAAACAGAUGGAGGACAGAACUCCAGUACCACCUCUGACCCUCAUCAAAGACGUCUGCACUUUAUUGGGUUUCAGAAGGUCAAGAGGACCCUUUGAGCAGAUAGUGAAGGUCCUCAGAAAAAGGAAGAUCAGGACAUUUAGGUGACUCAGGUGCCAACAUGUCUCAGGCAGGUAAAGUUGUUCACCUGUAUGUGGAGGUGAGGUCAGUCCCAGCAGAAGAAGGGAAGGUGGCAGGAAGAGGAGAUGAUGGGACUGGUCACCUGAUGCUUCAGUGCCCAGACGUCCUCCCUCACUCCCAGAGGAGCUCUGUCCACUCCAGCCACAACUGCAGUCCAGACCUUUCCCCGGUCACACAGCACCAAACGGGGGCUGGGAGCCGCAGCUUACCGCCCCCAGAGUCCUCUUCCAGGCACCCUGUCUGCUUCCAACUCCAGCAUCCUGAUGCUAGAGGCUCUCCCACCCAGUUCCACCAGCAGGACGCGUUGCAUGAUAGUUUUGGUGAAUUACUCCAGGUCCUUGCACCUGCAACCACCAGUCUAGGCUCUCAUGGCUCACUGACACGCACCCCUUCUUCUGACAUGGAUCCUUACCAGAAGAGGGAGCUUAUUGCCCCAUCUUCUACUCCAUCUGGGCGGCUGACUGUACCCCCCACUCCUACCAGCACCCGCAGGUCCUAUGAGGUCCUGGGGGUCAGUGGUGAGGAGGGGAAGACCUCUGUGGUGACAUUUGGCUACAUAGAGAAAUCUAAUGUUCACAGUGGCCGUCGUACCUCUGUGUGCCUAAGUGAGUCAGAGAAUCAGCUGCUGCCUGCCCACCUACAGAAGAGGCUGAGUGACCCAAUGUGGUAUAAUGGUCUGCCAGGGCAGGCUGAACCUUACUCCAGGACCCUUUAUGCGUCUCAGAACCAGUCCCCAAUGGGCUCACCUUACCUGCCAAGGACUGCUCUGGAUGCUGUAGCCAGAGAUGCCACCCACAGGGCCUUGGAGGAGUUUGGAUCCCCAGAACUUAGGCGCCGAUUUGCAGGUCAUGUCCCAGAGAAUAGCAGCCCGACCCUGCCACGGCACUACCACUACCCUCGCUGCCGGUCCUGGGCAGGGUCACCAGUCCUGCCCCGCAGCACCCUCACCCUGCCAUCCAAGGCCCAGUUCCUGGAGCUGGGCAAGGGAAUCUGUCAUAGUUCAAUGAACGGAUUACCCAGAAGCCCUGCCUCUGAUCAGCUGUGUGCCCAGACUGGGUAUUCCUCCCACUCACUGGGUCCAGCCUCAACACUUCACUCCCAUGGCCAACCCCAGAACCAGCAGAGGCCGCGGGUUGGGGACGAGAGCCCCAGGCUGUCCAGCAAAUUUCACCCACCUUUACCUGCAGGGAGACCCACAGACAUCCAGCACAAGAUCCCAACAAGCAUUUUCCCCACCAGCAACCAGCUCAGGACUGGCUGCCAAGCUGGUGGGAACAGCCAACACAGUGUCAAUAGUAGCUAUAAUGCUAAUAUGACCAGCACCAGUCAUAAUGCUACAAAUAGUACAUACUGCAGUGCUAACAGUAAUUCCAGCGCUUCCAGCAGCACUCAGUGCAGACCGUCCAGCUGCAGUAACAGAGCCAGCCCCUCUAACGGCAGGAGAAGCGUCUCCCCGUCAAAUGCUGAGGUUGCCUGUAAGUUAGCUGUGGAGGCUGCCAAACUGUCCACCAUUUUUGCAGAUAGACGGACUCCCUCUCCAACACCUUCCCAAGCGGAGUCACUGAGGUCUGAGAGUCCAAAGAUGGGGGGUUCUUUCCUAAGAGAAUCCCAGCCUUAUGCCACUCUUCAUGGGCGACUCUCCCCUGAGCUUACGGAGGUGGACGUCCGGAACCACAGGAGGAAAACAGACAAACUGACUCCUCAAACCCGCCCAGGACGUGUCUCGCCUCUCUUACCCCAGAAAGGCCUCUCGUCACCAGUGUCUCCAGCCCUGCCUGCCAGGUUGCACCGGUCAGCCGCCUCUCAGUCACCAGUCCUAGACCCUGAACAGCAAGCAAGCUCAUCCCCCACUAAGGACACAUCUUCCCUGCACCGCUACCAGCCACCACAGUACACUGGAGAACGGACACCUUGUAUGGAGCGCAGGCAGUAUCUCUUGGAUAGAUUGCCUAAGGACAGCCCUGAGCCCUCCAGGAGACUUUUGUCCAGCCAAAAUGCUGAAGCUUUGCCUGUGAGCUGGACCUCCAGACACCAGGAGUGGAGGGAGGCACGACCAGUUCAGGACGGGGAUGAACUCUAUGAAGAAAACCAUGGACUGUCGACCUCAAGAAUUUACACUCCAAGCAUAGAGGAGUAUCACAGGAAGGACAGAGAAGAUAAAGGAGUAAAGACGUCAGUGCAGGGCUACCAGAGCGAGGAGGUUCAGGAUCACAGCAGGGCUGGUGGCUCGUCCUCUCAGAGCUCCAGUGGGGUGACGGGCAGCAUGGGAGACAGAAACGACAGUCUGUCCCCCGAAACCUCUAGCCAGUCCAGCCACAAUAUGGCAGACACCGGCUCAGGGAUGCAGUCGGACGGCGGCUCAGCGGCGAAUCCAUCCUCAAGAUCGCAGAAGAUCGCUCGAGCCAAGUGGGACUUCCUGUUUGGAGAGCCGACUGAGAGUCGCUGCAGUAAAGACGCUCCGUCCACGACGCCUCCCACCAGCACCUCACCCAGCCCCACCCCUCCCUCCUCCCUCCAUCUGAAGCCAGCCAAUCAGAGGAGGGGGUGGGCCGGUGAGGGUCAGAGGCUGUCGCAUCACGAGGUCCAGAAGAUUGAGGUGGAGCUGGUGACCUCUGAACCCCGAGGCUCCUCCCCCAAAACGGGCAUCAUCCGCCGAACCAUCAAAUACUCUGAGACGGACCUGGACGCUGUGCCGCUGCGCUGCUACCGAGAAACCGACCUGGACGAGGUGAUGCGGGCGGAGGCGGAGCCAGCUGAGGAGGCGGAGGCGGACUCUGCUUUUGGGAGUAAUCGCAGUGUGCUGUUAAACUCGAGCUUCAGCCCCGCCAACGCCUCCCCGAAACCCCGCUCAGGCCGAGGAAAGGAAGAGAAGGAGGAGGAGGAGGAUCAGCAGGAAGAGGAGGAGGAGGAGGAGGAAGGAGUGGUGAGCUGGGCCAGUGUCCGGAUGCAGGGAGACAGACAGAGACAGAGAGCCACUACAGAGGAGGAAGAGGUGUUCAGUCUGCUGCUGAAGGGGCCGUUGGAGGCGUCAUCUGACGUCCACGGCGGACUCAAGUCUCCGGUCUCCGUCGGCAGCCCCCGCCGGCCCUCCGACAGCAACCUGGACUCCUUCAGCCGCCACUUUGAGAGCAUCAUGGAGUCUCACCGGGCCAAAGGCACCUCGUACAGCAGCCUGGACAGCGUGGACCUGCUGACCUCCGGAUCCACGUCUGUGUUCACCUUCGACCUGCCGACGCUCACGCCGGAGAUCCAGAGUCAGAUCUGCGAGAGCGCCAAGCAGAUCAUCGAGCUGAGCUUCGCCCCGCUGGCCCGGCCCGACCCCGCCGCCCCCUCGGAGACGUCGCGCUCCGAAAUCACCCUCAGUGCCUCGGGGGCGGGGCUCAGGGGCGGCUCCAAGGACGACUCCGGCCCUCCGGUCCGGUCCAGGUCAGAGAGGGAGACGUGGCGUCGCUCCGUCCUCAAAGACGGCUUCCGCAAGGCGAGCUCGGCGCCGUCGCUCCACAGCAGCAACAGGGAGCGUCCGGUGAACCGCCCCCCUGAGCUGCUGUACCCGCAGGCCGACGUGGCGGAGCGCCUGGCGCUCGGCGGCAGCGACGACGCGCUGGCGAACGGUACGAAGGCCGACCUGCAGGCCGCCAGACGGCUCGCCAAACGCCUCUACGGCCUGGACGGCUUCAGGAAGUCUGACGUGGCUCGACACCUCGGCAAGAAUAACGAGUUCAGUCAGAUGGUCGCAGAAGAAUAUCUCAGCAACUUUAACUUCUCUGGUCUGACCAUCGACCAGGCGCUCAGGAUGUUUCUGAGGCAGUUUGCUCUGAUGGGAGAAACUCAGGAGAGAGAGAGAAUCCUCGCUCACUUCUCCAGGAGAUACAUGCAGAGUAACCCUGAGAGUGAGACAACUGAAGACAGUGUCCACACUCUGACCUGUGCUGUGAUGCUGUUGAACACAGACCUGCAUGGAAACAACGUGGGGAAGAGGAUGUCCAGCAGUCAGUUCAUCUCCAACCUGGAAGGACUCAACAAUGGAAAAGACUUCCCUAAAGAUCUGCUGAAGGUACCACACUCACUCACUCACUCACUCAUUCACACACAACUCAACAAAAACACCAGUGAACUCUGUAUGUCAGUAUUGUAGCACAUUAAACGAACACUUGAGGGUUCUGUGC